GCUUACAAGAUAACGUCAGUCAGCUUUCUAGUUAUCUUGCAGACUGAUUAUAAUACAGCGAUGUGCAACCACGGUGUGCCUUGCUGUUUGACUCAUCGAAUUGACUAAAGUUGGCUGCAUGCACUGUGUCUUUCCCUUCUAGUAGUUUUAAUACUGAAAACGUACAAGUUAUUAACGUAGCACACAGAUUGCUAACGUUAGCUACAGCUCUUAUGAGCUCUCUAGCCAGUGAGCUCCACUUGCUUGUUUAGCUAGCUAGCUAGCUAACGUUGUCGUAAAAUUUCUUGUCGUGAAUAAAAUCUGACUUGUUUACAUUCUGGCCAGAUGUGACUGCAAAGCGAUUCUAUCGCAAUUACCGUCACAGCACAUUCGACGUGAUCAUUGCCGUAGCAUAGUUCGAUAGCGUAGCUACUACUAGAAAGUUAGCUGCCCAUUUGAUGAGCAAUCUGACUGUGAUGAAGAUGUGCACAGAUGUGGACGUUGCCAAGUGGAGUUCACCACCUUGGAGGCUUUUAUUCAGCACAAACUGCAAAACAGCUGUCAGCGGGCUCAAGAGGUGGGUCAUCAGCAACCUCCCAGUGACGCCCAUCAUGACCUCACCCCAGAGGUAGUUCUGAUUGAAGGAAGCUCUGUUACUGCAACAGAAAUGGAUGACUGUGCAGUGUCCUCAGAGGAGAGUGACAAAACAAAGCUCACAGGGCGGGGCCCUGCGGCCGCUGUGGCGCGCAGGAGAAGGAGCAGUGCGGCUAGGAGCUCGGGACUCGACCAGAGCGCGGAGGGCCACGAGGUCACAAAGAUUCUAGUCAAAGUCAACGAGGAAGGGCGCUACGUCUGCCAUAUCUGUGAGAAGACUUUUAAAACGGUAAACAUCUUAAGAACACAUCUGACCACACACAGUGAGAAGAAGAACUUCCACUGUAAGCUGUGCGGGAACUCCUUCAGAACCAAAGGCUCUCUGAUUCGGCACAACCGUCGGCACACAGAUGAGCGGCCUUAUAGGUGUAAUCUGUGUGGGCUGUCCUUCAGGGAGUCUGGGGCUCUGACAAGACACUUGAAGUCCAUCACUCCCUGCACAGAGAAGAUUCGAUUUAGCCAGUGCAAGGAGAUUCUGGUCAGCAAGGAUGGAAUGCAGAAAGGUUUUAAGCAGGGCUCCCCUUCACUGGCUUCUUCAGAGGAGGAGCAGCUUCGAGUGGUCAGUGUGAUGGACAACUCUGAGGAGGUCAUUCAAGAGGUCCAUGUGCAAAUGGAGGUGGACAGCGCCGAACAGACCCAGCAGGAGGAGCAGCAUGCCGAGUCGGUGGAAGAGGGAGACAGCCUGCUGGGCCAGGCCAUCAUCAACUCGGGCAUCAAGCUGGAGACAGACAGGAGCGAGCAGCCUGGGGCCAAAUCUCCCAUGCAGCCCCUUCAAAGUGGUGACCCCGAGGGCAGGAUUACUGAGAUCCAGGUCACAGAAGAGUGUGUGGAGUUAGACUCUGAAGAUGCAGGGGACCCUAUGGAGAAACAAGGUGAAUCGUCCUCUCCAAAAGUUCAUAGAUGCCCUCACUGCAGUCGGUCCUUUAAGGCCUUGAACUACCUGCGGGUACACGUGAAAGGACAUCUUGGGUUCAAGCCUUUCAAGUGCAUGGUGUGCCAGAAGGAGUUCCUCACAGGGUACCUGCUGAAAAAGCACAUGGAGGCUCACCUCAGCGAGCGGCGCUUCAAGUGUGGCGAGUGCGGGAAGCUCUACAAAACAAUCGGCCACGUGCGCGAGCACAUGAGGGCGCACUCCGACGAGCGCCCGUACCACUGCAACAGGUGCAGCAAAGGCUACAAGACAAAGAAUGCCCUGCAAGUACACCAGCGUACCCAUGCACAGGAGAGGCCGUACGUGUGUCAGUACUGCUCGCGAGGGUUCAGGGAGAAGGGCUCGUUAGUUCGUCAUAUCCGCCAUCACACGGGAGAAAAGCCCUUCAAGUGCUUCAAGUGCAGUCGAGGGUUUGCGGAGCAUGGAACACUUAACCGCCACCUGCGUGCCAAAGGGGGCUGCAAUGGGCCACUGAAGGAGUCUGAACAGCCUGUGGUUUUGGAGGAACCGCACUCACCCAACAGCAUGGCUGCCACCAUCAUCUCUGAGGACCCCCAUGCAGUGCUGGUGGAGUUCUCCUCCGUGGUGGCAGAUACACAAGAGUACAUUAUCCAGGCUCCAUCCGAUGUUACGGAAGCGGAUGGUGAAGUUCCUCUCAGUAGGAAUGAGGUGGGCAGCCACAUCAUGAAGGUUGUGCAGCAGAUCGUCAGCCAGUCUCAGUCAGGACACCAGAUCAUCGUGCAGAACGUGUCCAUGGACGAAAACGCCGCCAUUUCCUCGGACUGUGGCGACACAAUCACUAUUGCCACGCCGGAGAGCCUGACCGAGCAGGUUGCCAUGACAUUAGCCUCGGCAAUCAGCGAUGGCGCCAUUCUGACCACAGACGGGACGUUAGAGACAGCGGACGGCACGGUGACCAUGGUGGAGUCCCGAGACAUCGAGGUGAUGGAGCAGGCGGAGGAGUUUGUCAUCACUUCACCAGAGGAGGUGGAGAUACAGACUGUUAUUGUGCAAGAUUAAAAUACAGCCACCUUGAUAUCAGUUACUGAAGGAAUGCAGCUUUAUAUGCUCGUGAGGCAUAACAAAUGUCAGAACUCUGUGGUUUUAAAAUAGGAGAACACUGAACUGGUAGCAACCCUUUCGUAGAAACACUGUCUUCUUUCCUUUAUUGUAAUGGAAAACCUGAUUGAAGAAUAAGUGAGAUUUCAGACCAUUUGGAUUGGACAAAUCCCCUGUCUGUUAAAAUGUAUUUCCCCAGGAUGAGUUGAGGACAAACUAUUUUGUCAAUUUAUUAAGUUCUGCAUUUUGUUUGGUGUCAUUUUCAUUGUGUGCUUCUCUUAUGAUUAGACUACAAUUUUAAGGAUUUAAGAUUCUGUUAAUGACAAAGAAAAGGACAAUAGUCUUACCAAAAAAAAAAAAAACUACCUAGAGAUCUUCUACCGGACAAAUGCCUACCUUAACUUUGAAUUUGAACAUUGAAACAAGUGGCCGUUCCUUAGGUUAAUUAUGCACCGUUCUUUUCAUGAAAAUGCUUGAAAUGUUUACACUGCUGUUCUGAGCUGCCUUGGUGCAAGAUUCUCUUGAGACAGUCUGCACAGUUCUGAAGAGGUCAUUGGUUUUGGUUGCAGGAUGGCAAAUGGGCCAGCAAAUGUAAGAAGCAGAAGUUGUAAACUAAAAUAUGAAAUUCUGUAUUUUUUUAAUGCAAAUAAAUACCAUUUUUCAAUAA